CCGGUUUGAUGACAUCAGAGCAUAUGACCGGAAAACAAUCAUAUGAUUAGUGUUUACAAAAAAAAUAUUGAAUCCAUUCACACAGACGCUGCUUGAUAGAAACGCGGUAUUACAGGUUUAACGUAGGUGACCAUGAGGCUUGUGAUCCUUGAUGACUAUGACUUGGCAAGUGAGUGGGCUGCCAAAUACAUCCGCAACCGUAUUAUCCAGUUUAAGCCCAGUGCAGAGAGAUACUUUACUCUUGGUCUGCCCACAGGAAGCACACCACUGGGCGUUUACAAGAAGCUGAUUGAAUAUUACAAGAGUGGAGACAUCUCCUUUAAAUAUGUGAAGACUUUUAACAUGGAUGAGUAUGUUGGCCUGCCUAGGGACCACCCGGAGAGUUACCAUUCCUACAUGUGGAACAACUUCUUCAAACAUAUUGACAUCGAACCACAGAAUACCCACAUUUUGGAUGGAAACGCAACUGACCUGCAGACUGAGUGUGACUUGUUUGAACAGAAGAUAACAGCUGCUGGGGGCAUUGAGUUAUUUGUAGGAGGAAUUGGACCAGAUGGCCACAUUGCCUUUAAUGAACCAGGGUCCAGUUUGGUGUCAAGGACCCGAGUGAAGACACUGGCUAAAGACACAAUAGUGGCCAACGCUCGCUUCUUUGGGAACGACUUGUCUAAAGUGCCCUCCAUGACUCUCACAGUUGGCGUGGGCACUGUUAUGGAUGCUAGAGAGGUUAUGAUCCUGAUCACAGGAGCACACAAAGCCUUUGCCUUAUAUAAGGCCAUAGAAGAAGGGGUGAACCACAUGUGGACUGUAUCUGCAUUCCAGCAGCAUCCUCGUACCAUCUUUGUGUGUGAUGAAGAUGCCACACUCGAGCUCAGGGUCAAGACUGUAAAGUACUUUAAAGGGCUAAUGCAUGUCCACAAUCAGCUGGUUGAGCCAACCCACAGCAUGAAGGACUAUAAGGAUUAAGGACGAAGGCCCGGCAAUAUGUUGCGUCAUAAGGGAAUGAAGAGGAUUUGCAUCGGUUUGCAGUACUGGAACAUGGUUUCAAAGCCCCCACGGCUCACAAAGGUGCCUGAAAUAUCGUGUAGACUACAGGUUUGCAUCACAUUAAUGUUUACUUGCACAAAAUGGCAAAUGCAAACUUUUGUCUGCCAAUUUGAAACUAUUGUUGAAACCAGUAUUAUGAAAAAAAGGGGGAGGGGGGGGGGGUAGUUUUAAGUUUUGGUUCAAGUCUAAAGUUAAUUCUGGCCUUGCACUGUUACUGAAGAAAGACCUCUUUUGUAAAACACCAUUUAAAUUCACUCCUUUGUUAAAGAAAAAUUAUUUGUUAAUAGUGUAUUCAAUGUGCCUUUAAGUGCUAUUAAUGUAUUGAAAUAAGGUCAAGACGUUUCAUAUAUUUCAAAACGGCUAUGGGUCAGGGGUAAAUAACAUUGUGUUCACCUUACGUCGAGGUCCUUUUUUUAAGUUACUUGACAAACAGUUAUUGUAUUUAACACUUUUUUUUUUUUUUUUAUCAUUUUGGACAUAUGUUGGGAAAACAUUAACUCAAGAACACAAUCAGUGGAAGUGUUCAUCAUGGAAAUUUCACUACAGGGUCCUUUCUGUAGCCCAGACAUGGAGAAACACUGAAUCUGCUAAUUAAUAUACUGUUAAUUUAAACGAAACACAAAGUUAAAGGCUGAAUAGGCUAAAUGACUUCCUACUCCCUAUGUAGUGGCUUAAAAUUAUUCCAUUUACACUCCGGUAUUACUAUAAUAUAUAUAUAUAUAUAUAUAUAUAUAUAUAUAUAUAUAUAUAUAUAUAUAUAUAUAUAUAUAUAAUAAAUGGUACCAUUUUAAACGAAACCUUAAUAUAUUUGUUUCAGCCAUGUAACCCAACACCUGCUUUUCUUUGUAAUUUGCUUGUGCUUUGAAAGGACCAUAGUGUGCAAUGCUAGAGACCAAACCAUCUCUGGAAACUUGAUUGAAAUAUAUUUGGGACCAGCAUAAGUUGUGUUUUUCCCCCCUAAAAUGAUUUCCCAAAUUAUCUAUAUUGAGUGUAUUUCAACUUGACUAUUUGACAAACAGUGGCUCAUAAAGCCUGAUCCAGAAACCAGAAACAUUUCAGCAUCAUAAAUGUAACUGAGCCUAUUUAGAACGAACAUAUAUGUUGUUAGCUGAUGUACACUCCUCCUUAUCACUGUGUUGGCUAUAGUUUUAUUGUUAGCAAACCCAUUUUACUUACUUUUCCUUCUAGUGUUUAGUUACUGCAUGGAAUGUUACUGUAGUUACUUUGUGUACGACUAAAUUUAUUUGUAGCGUUAGUGAACCUCAAUAUACUGAUUUGAUUAAAGUUCUAUACUUGACAAAGCUGAGAGCAAUUGUGUUAAUGUUGUUAACAGAUUUGAAUCUCAUUGGUAAAUCUGCUGUUAUCAGACUUUCAUUUCAAUACCAAAUGCUCUUUACAUUUCUUUAAUGAAUGAUAAUGUUUGAUUGGAUUAAAAAUGCAUAUGAGUGAAGAA